AUGAUCACAAAAUAUUUCACCAGUGCUAUUGUUCGGAUGCCGCCGGCCGGCCACGCUGCCAAGCUGGCUCGCGUUUUUCUAGCACAGAUUCCUCCCAGACAACGCACAGAUAUUGAUGUUCAGUUCAAGCUUUUGAAUCCUACCGAGACAGCUGUGCCCGAGAUCAAAGUCAAGUUCAAGGAUGGGACUUUGUUAGAUGUCGACCCAUUAACUACGUCUACUCGUGAAAUGGUUGAAACCUUUGAUCGCCAUUCCCGAAAACUCCAGGUCGAAGACGCUCUCAAGGAGUAA